AGUAGAAUUGAAUACAAUUGAUGCUACCGUACCAUGGCAUUCGCUCGCAUAUAAUGGGCCGACUGUAUAGGUUGAGAUUAGUAUAUCCGCUCAUGCCGGUUGGAUGAUGCACUAGGAAAGCAGUCCAGCCACGCUGUAGCACGAGACAGUAGCAGUAUCUACUUUAUUGCCGAUGCAGUUCUUGCUGGAGUUUGUUUCUGAAACGGCAGGUUCACAAUGGGUCGCUAGAGACUAGUGGAUCAAUAAAUUGCGGGGAAGGUGAAGGAUCGCCGCUUGCAGAUUUACUUUGUUGUAUAUUCACAAAGUUUCAACAUGGAGGUCCAGACGCUAACUUGUUUGCUGGUUGUUAUGGUACUGGCACUCUUGCAUAUGAGUAGUAGCGAGCUCGAAAAAAUUGGGAGGCUUCCAGCCACGACUCUAGUCAAAUUUCACGCAUAUAGACACGUGUCAAUCAUUCACUUCAAGAUACCACUGGACAUUGCUCUAGCAAGAUGGAAGUUUCAUGCGAAUGAAGUCAAGACCGGUGGCAUUUUCCGAUGUUCACCUCAGGACAUUACAGUGCACAUCAAGCCUGGCAGUAUUCCGUUCGUGAAUCCUGACAAAUCUAAACUUCCGGUGAGCCUCCUGAAGGCGCGAAUUCCCCAUUAUAGCCUGUUUUUUACGAGCGAUGGAACACAACAGGUCCAGAACAUCUCCGCACCUGUACCCGGAGAUUGGUUCGCAAUUGCAUUUCGCUCUUGGUCUGAUCCUGAUGAUGGUAAAAUUGAACAACAAGAACACUUCAGCUGA